UCAUCAGGGAUUAUGAUGCUUCUUUGACACCAUGAUGUCAUUAAAGGGCGGCGGAUCUAUUGGCCUAUUGUGUUUCUAAUGCUCGGCUUAAUGAAGCCACUAGUCCACUACACAGAGCAGUUUGACAGUCAGACGGCGGUGAAGGCGGAAGGAAACAUGAAGCUGUGAGGCGCACGGAGCCGGAGCCGGCACACCCCCUUUCUCUCUGCGCACCGCAGACUCCACACACACAGACAGACACACACACAUACAAACACACACACACUCUCAGACACACUAACACACUUGACACAGGCUGGACACAACAGCACAGACACACAGAACACCAGGGAGAAAUUAUCUUUAAGUCGUUUCUGCAAUAUUUCAGCGCGUAUUUCUGCCUGAAUGGGACAACACUGAAAGACAACGCCGACCGUUUGAGGGCUGGCUGCAGUGAUGUCAAGAUCCACAAAAUCAGCCUCGAGGUCUCGGAGCCGCUCCAGGUCCCGGUCAAGAUCCCGCUCCUCCUCUCGAUCCAGGACUCGCUCCAGAUCCCGGUCCAGGAAGCGCCACUACAGGUCUCGAUCGCGGUCACGGUCAAGAUCUCAUUCUCCGCCUCAUAACCGGGAGAAGAAAUAUACGAGGGGUUACCAGAAUAACCGGGAGUUCCGGGGCUACCACCGCGGCUUCCGGAGGCCGUACAACUUCAGGGGCCGAGGGCGGGGCUACUUCCCACGUGGACGCUACCAGCGUGGCGGUGGUGGCGGUGGUGGUGGCGGCUAUAACAACAACAACAACAACUUUCGCCCCAACUGGAAGAAUUACAAGCAGUACCCUCAGAAACAGCAGCAACAGCAGCAGCAGCAAAACAACUCCCGAGGACGCUCUCAACACUUCCAGCAGCGCUCGGGGAGCCCCCCUCGGGGUCACUCGCACCACUCGGACCGCUCCUCCUCGCCGCUAUCCAGACACUCGCAGCAUUCUUCCUCUUCCUCACACUCCUCCUCUCCCAAAUGCAGGUCGGCCUUGGUGCUGACUAACCCAAACUCCAAAGAUGUGAAAGAGGAACUGGCGGCCUCCAAGGAGGUCCAAAAGGGAGGACGGGGAGACGAGGAGGAGGCAGCGGAGCUUGUUGGGGUGUCGGCGGGAGACGCCAAAGAAGGAACAGGAAGUGGGAAAACGGAGGGGAACUGGCAGGGCCUGAAAGACUGCAGCAGCAGUCCAAAGAGAGCAAGUCCUCUGGCAAGCACUGCUGUUAUUGUUGGGCAGAACAGCCAGACUACUAACCAGGCUAGUCCCGCCCCAAAAAGCCCAAAUGAUACCAGCAAUGGCGCCCCCUCCUGGAAGAUGGCGUGUGGUUCAUCCACAACCAAAAAGCCCUCACAUGAAGGUCUAAACCCAAUGCUUUCCAGCUUUGAUUUCUUCUCCAACGAGGAAUACCUGGAUGGAGAUAAAACAGCAAUCUCCAUUGCCUUCAGACAGUUUUUGGAGGAGCGAAAUAAAAAAGGGAAAGCUUGGGAAAAUGGCAAGAACACAGAAGCGAAUGAUGUGGAUAUGGAGCAAGGGAAAGUGAACGGCAAAGCAUCCGUGACUAUCUCUGACUCGAGAAAGUACAAGGAGGACAAUGAGGGUGAAGUGUCUUUGAAAAGCUUCUUGAAAGCUUCUCCUUUCCUGUCUGCUGAUGGCGAGGAGGACGAGGAGAUGCUCAAGCCUCUUUCAAAGUCACUUCACAAAGACUGGCACAAUGGGGACGAGUCCUCCAAGCCAAAGAUCAGGGUCACUCACUCCGCCCGGGAACUGUUUGACGAAUGCUUCGGCAAAUGGCAGAAUGUUGCCUAUACAGCCAACAGUGGCCUUGACGGCAUGGCAGAAGACGUGUAUCUCAAUCGGAAGCCGGAUAAAGCGGCAGCCUUUGCCGCUGCCCUCGCAAAGAGGGAGUUAGCAGGAGAAUUUGAAGAGUUGUCCCCAGAUUUGGGUGGCAAAGCCAGGAAGAUGGCAAAAUCUCCCUCCAUCCCGUCUCCUACACCACCACCCAGGAGGAACUCUGACAGAGAGCUCAGGGGAGACGACUCGCCAUUCAUGUCUUCACGGAAACAGGAAGCUAAAUUAAAUGUCAGAAUGGAUUUCCUCGGAGAGAGCCUGAGGAGCUCUUCUGAUAUUUUAGCUGAGGAGCGACAGUUGUCUCAGGAUCUUGUGCAGUCCUCAAAAAAGGAUCAGGAGUUUCGCUCCAUCUUCCAACAUGUUCAGACUGCUCAGUUACAGAGGAGUCCCUCUGAGCUAUUUGCUCAGCACAUUGUCACCAUCGUUCACCACAUUAAAGCUCAGCACUUUCCAUCGUCUGGAAUGACUCUAAACGAGCGAUUCACCAUGUACCAAAGACGAGCUGCAGAGAAGGAAUUGAUGAAGCCCAGAAAAAGCCCAGAGAUACACAGGAGAAUUGAUGUUUCACCAAGAGCUUUUAAGAAACACUCUCAACUUUUUGAGGCGAUGAAAAGCUCAGAGGAUGGCACUUACAAGGACGCCGGGGAAAAAACGAAGGGUGACCCAAUGGACCUCCGUUUGGAUAUUGAGCGCCGUAAAAAAUAUUCCACCCAUGACAGAGAUUUUAAUCAGGAUCGGGGAAGAGAUGUGGGAGAUUCCCCAGAUUCUAGUAGAGAGAGAUCUUUGGAAAAGUUCUCCAAAUCCCGCGAGAGAUCAAAGAAAAGUAAGAAGAAGCGUUCUCGCUCGAGUUCCUCCUCAUCGUCCUCGUCCUCUAAGUCCCAUAAAGAAGAUUUGCCUCAUGGCAAGUCUGAUGCCAAAGAUAAAGGCUUUGACAAAGCCAGACUGGGUCAAACAGAGUCACCAGGACCCGUUGAGAGAGGAAGGCCACGUGGAGGAUUUCAAGUCCGAAUCCGUGGAAGGAGCUGGAUCAAAGGAAACUGUUCUCAGAGUAACACCGUGACAAACAUGGCAGUACAGCCAAAAAAUGAAGACUGGGACCCCGAAUACACUCCCAAGAGCAGAAAAUACUACUUGCACGAUGACAGAGAACAGGAGGCAGAGUGCAAGUGGGUGGAGAACCGGGGUCGAGGACGGGGAGGCUUCUCGCGUGGAAGGGCGAGAUUCAUCAUCCGCAAAGCCACCGGGGGCCCCAACACCAACGGGCCCAAAUGGGCCCACGACAAGUUCCAGAUCAACGGGGAGCAAGGAGACGGGCACGAGGAGGAGACAGAACAGGACCAUAAGGAAGGAGAAAUCGACAGAGAGAAUACUUGCUGAAAAUCUUAAUUUUCUUCUGUGAUGUUAUGGGAUCUGACGCAGUGAUUUUUAUCCACCACAAUGGAUUUGUUAAUGCAGAUUUUAAGACUCUGUUAUGCUUUAAUUUCACUUACUCUGACUUGACACGAUGAUUUUCCACAUCAGGAUAGAACUCAUAACUAGUAGAAGCACUGUUUAAGGGUGAAAUGCUGUUUCUUAAAAAAGAAUUUGGAUUUAUGUUUCAUGCUUUUAUUUGGUUAAGGGAAGUUUUCUGUUCCGCAUUUUGGUAAUAUUAUCACUUUUCUUGAAGGAAUGAUUAAAAAAAAGACUCCUUAAUCACAUUUGUAUUUGUAAGUAGGGAGAGAAAAACACAUUGUAGAUCAAAUAGCUCGUGCCUUAUACAUAUGAAGGAAUGUUUUGUAGGUGAGUAGGUGACAAGGUAAAUAUUUUUUUGAUUUUUUUUUUUAGAAAAACAGGGUUUUUUGGGUUUUUAGCAGUGUCUUGCCUGGAUUCAAAUAACAGCAAUAAGUUCACUGUAGUUCAUAUUGACAUCACAGUUUAGCCAAUUCAGCACUCUGACCCUGAUCUGACAUGGGACCAAACUGUAUGGGGUCAAAGGUUAUAGUUCUGCAGUCUUUCAUCAUACAACAUUCAACAGAUCUUCGAUAUUAUCUGGCAGCAGGGGAGAUUCUAAGGAUAACUUCCUGUAUAUUUCAUGUUUCUCAUUAAACAUUUUGCCGUCACAGAUUUCUAUGUGUUACAGUUGCUCUUCGCUUGAUCUUGGCUACCACUAAUCAAUGUAUAAUAUUGAUAGUGAUUAUAUUUUCUCUUCUCCAAACAAAUUCAUUGUAGUUUUUGUACCUGUUUAAGCAGGAUUCUGACUUUGUCUGU